UUGAAGAAAAUUUAGCUACCUCAGAUUAUGAUGAAGAAGUUAUAAAAAUAGAACCUGAAAGUGAUAAUGAGAAUAUCAUGAUAGACUAUUCAACUCCCGAUAUUGAAAGUAGUGAAGAAGAAAUAUUCGAGGAUAUUGGAAUCAUGAUGAAAAAUUUAGUUGGAUAUUAA